UGUGAGAACAAAUUCAAAUCACAGAGCCUCCUGGCCUUAUGUAAAGCAUAACAGCUUUACAAGUAAACUUUUCUUGCAGUUAAUCAAACUACACAAUGAAACACAAAAGUGUAGCAUAUUUUUUGUUCAUGUUUGGUCUUUCCUGCACAGGUUUUAUUAGGAUAUCUGCUGCAGAUAAAGUUGAUAACAAAUACAAUGUUUUAUCACGGAUGUUUCAGCUGGUCUUUGAGGAUAUGAAAAAACAGGAGGAAAGACUUAAAGUCUUGGAAAAUGGAACAACUGUGGAAAGUUGUAAAACAACCACAAAUAUAGAACAAGAGAAUAUUUCUGGAGCUUUAACUGAAACACAGUUAAAAGCCAUUCAAGACAACAUUCAGCAUGUGAAAGACUACCUAGAUCGCAUAAGUAAAGGUCUAGCAGCAGAAAAAAUCGUACGGACAGAGAACACCAAUGCCAUAGAAAACAAUAGUGACAAUAUUGAGAAAUUCAUGAAAGAAGUUCAAAACUCCAAUGCUGAACUAAAUCAAACACUUGUAAAUCUAAAUGAUAACAAUGAAAAUUGUUUAAGAGAAAUGAAGACAGAAUUCAAGCAUCAAGAAGUAAAGAUUAACGCUCACACUGAUGAAAAGUUUGACAGUUUGAUACAGAAUUUUACAAAUCAGCUGAAUCAACAUGGCAGAGAAAGGAGAGAUGAAAUGAAGGAUGUUAUAAAUGUAAUCAAAAACAUUCAAGAUAAUGUACAUCAUAUCAUACAGGUUACAAAUUCAAAUCUAGCUAAAGGUAAGGAUGCUGAUCAAAGUUCUACCGCAGCAGAUGGUCAUGCAUCCAGGGCAGUUGAUGGAAAUAAAAAUGGGGACUAUUACGCCGAUUCAUGCACACACACAAUGAAGGAAAGAAAUCCGUGGUGGAGAGUGGAUUUGGCCGGGUCAUAUGCUAUCAAGAGGGUUGUAAUAAAGAAUCGUGGUGAUUGCUGCGGAGAAAGAUUACACCAUCUUGUGAUCACUGUAAGCGACGAAGAAGACGGUACUGAGGAAACAUGUGGAACUUUUGAAGGACCUGGUGCAAAAGGUGUUGUAUACACCAUUACUUGUGAUCGACCAAUACUUGGAAGAUAUGUCAAGAUACAAAUAAAGGAUGAUAAUACUCCAUCUAAUCUAACUCUUUGCGAAGUGGAAAUUUAUCCUGCGUGAAAUUCAACCUCAGAUAGAAGGAUCCCAAAAUAACAUCAAAGUUGUUGAAAUUUUAAUGACGAUCAUUGAUAUCAGUGCAAAACUGGCACCAGAGUUAUAGACCUUGCAAAA